CCCCAGGCUGGAAAGUCAUACUGUGAUUCAAAAAUUGCCCACAUGAAGAGAAAGAUGAGGACAUGGGUCACAGAAGGCAAUGACAUUGUUACAGCAAAAGACAUGAAGUCAGCAAUUGAUGCAACAACAGCCUAUGCCAUCGGAGAUGGAAAAUUCAUUUCAAAUGAUGAAUUGCUAAAAGCUGGGAAUGGACUCCAAAUGUCUCAACAAUCAGGCUGCAAGACACUUGAGGGUUUUACUUUACCCACAGUAUGUGAAGGUAAAAUCAGUCGUCCACAACCUACACCAACAGAUCUUGAUACAGUGUACUGUUGUCCAGAGCCGGGUUGUACCAACACCUUUCCCUGUUAUAGGGAUGCAGAAGAUCACCUUGCUCUUGGCACCCACAACUGUCAACUUGUGAAGGAGUCAACGUAUGACAACAUAAAGCGACAGUGGGCCCGUCUCUGCAAUGAAGUUGUCAUUACCUACAAGGUCCGCACAACCACAGGUAGUUGCACAUCACAAGCAGAUGGAUCAAGGCAAAUGGGGUGGGCCUUGAGAAGUGCACGCAAGGGUGUUAGGUUUAACACUAAGGUGAAGGACUUUCUUCAAGCCAAGUUCAUGGAAGGUGAAAGAAACAAAAGAGUGAUCCUUUGGAGGUGUCAUGCAUCAUGAAAACAUUAAGAGAUGAUGAAGGGAACAAGAUGUUCAGCCAUUCUGAGUGGUUAAGACCCAAUCAAAUAACGUCAUUCUUUUCAAGACUUUCAAACAAGAAAACCAAAAGGAAAACUGAAGGAAUAGAUGAUGAGGAUUUGUUUGUUGUACUUUCGAUGCAAUUGACAAUGAUGUUUUGAUGAAUGAAUUGUCAGAAAGUUAACCAGAUAACUGUCAGGGCUAUUGAAUGUGAUCAAAUCUUAUAUGUUACACAUUAUAUCUUUCCGUGGUAAGGGAGCCUCAGAGUAAGUCUAACAACUCCAUGUCAACCCUCGCUUUCACAAGUAUGACAUUACUGAGUUGAGUGUAGCAGCACUUCUCACGAGUAUUAGCUGCCUCAAGCUAUCUACCUUAUUCGAUUCAAACAUUUAUUCAUUACUUGGCUUUGGCAAUAUAUAUUUCUUUAAGUCAUUUCACAAAAUGAGGUGACAAAGUCCUGUUGUUAAAGAACUAUUACUGGGUGACAAAUGUGCAAAUACAGCGGAGGAUAUUUGUGAA